UAACUGCUUUUUCAGAUCACUGGCAUAUGCGAUUUGUGGAAGUGAGGACAAACAUUUGAAGAUUCGCCGUGCAGUUGUCAAACACCUGAAAAUGAACGCUUCAAUAUUUGAGAGGUAUGUGAGAAGUGAGUAUACUUCAGUAGAGGACUACUUGAUACAAUCUAGAGUCUAUUAUUCUGGGUCAUGGGUCACUGAAAUUGACAUCUUUGCUUCUGCUGAUCUAUUUAAAACAACAAUAAUGACUUUUAAUGAUGGCCGGUGGAAUGCACACAAACCUACUGGAGAGGUAAUUGUAAACAAUGCAAUAUAUUUGAAAAACUGUAAUGGUAAUCAUUAUGAAGUUGUGACAUGUGUCAAGCACAGAGAUCAAGACAUUUGCGCAGCAAAGUGUGGGAAUGCUACUUCAAAUGAGGUGAGAAUGCUAUGUCUGCGUAAAAGGAAGGUAAGUGACGCUGCAGAAUGUGACCAAGAGACCAAGAGACAGAAACAAUGGAAGUAUGAGAAGUCCAAGUAUGAUAGUGACAUUGAUUUCAGACAGAAUAAAAUUGCCCAUGCCAAAACAAAAUACCGUGAUGUUCAGUUUCAGAAACAUGUUUGCCAGUAUUCUCAGAUGAAAUAUAAAAAUAAUGUCUCAUUUCAGGCAACUGUACGUGAGUAUUCCAAGAAGAAAUAUCUUCAAAACCUGGCCUUUAACACAAGAGUGCGUGAGUAUUCCAAGAAGAAAUAUCUUCAAAACCUGGCCUUUAACACAAGAGUGCGUGAGUAUUCCAAGAGGAAAUAUCUUCAAAACCUGGCCUUUAACACAAGAGUACGUGAGUAUUCCAAGAAGAAAUAUCUUCAAAACCUGGACUUUAAAGUAAGAGUGCGUGAGUAUUCUAAGACAAAAUAUCACAAAGAUGUAAACUUUCAUUUCAGUAAAAUACAAAAAGGCUGUGAGGUAUAUGCAAAAAAAAGGGAAAAACAGAAAGACAUUGGUGUUGCCAUUGCUGGUUUUCGUCAAGAAGUGAGUAGAGGUCCAGAGUUUGUGUGCUGUGUUUGUCACCGUUUACUUUUCAGAAAGCAGGUUACUGAAUGCAAACCAGAAUGCUAUGAAGACAAAGGAGACAAAAUUGCUGCUUUGGCAAGAAGAUGCAUCACCCUGAGAUUGAGGUCCAUGAAGGUCUGUUCAAGUUCACAAGUGAAAACGAUUCCAAGGUCUAUACAGUCCUGACCAUUCCAUACCAAGUCUCCCAUAAUUGCUCUUCUUUCUGGAGCUCCAAAGCUACAUCCAGUCAAGCCAUCCAAACAACACUGGAUGCUUCCAAUCAGCAUAGGAAGCAUCCACAAAGACUGCCUGCAUUCCUACAGUUGUCUUAUAAAAUGCAAUUAAGUUAAUAGGAUUACAAGAAAACAUCUAAAAAUGAUCUAGAAAACUUCACAUAGAAAGAUUUCUGAAUGAACUGAAGUUAUAAUUUCCUCCAUAUGUCAUCACAAGAUUAUCUGCACCAUGAACUUUUAUAAAGAAUCGCACAACUAUUAAGAUGGUAAGUUUUAUUGAAGUAAAUUUAAGUUGUGGACAUUUAUACAAGCACUGAUAAUCUACUAAUGGUACACUUUCAGAUUUGUGCAGCAACUCUAACUACUGUUGAUAUUUUGAAGUCCACAUAUCCCUAUACAAAUGUCCACAAAAGAUUUCUGAAAUUCACAGAAGUCAUAAUUUCCUCCAUAUACCCAUCACAAGAUUCUCUGCUCCAUGAACUUUUAUAAAGAAGCGCACAACUGAUAAAACAAUUUGUGCAGCAACUCUAACUACUGUUGAUAUUUUGAAGUCCACAUAUCCCUAUACAAAUGUCCACAAAAGAUAUCUGAAAUGCACUGAAGUCAAAACUUCCUCACAUAUACCAAUGAAAAGAUUGUAUGCGGCAUUAACUUCUCUAAAGUGUACAACUGAUUAAAAAAGAAAUAGUGACAACAACAUUCUUCUGAACUAUCAAUUCAAAAAUUGUUCUGAAAAAACUUUAAACCUAUGCAGGCAGUCAAUAGUCAAUUGUUAUUUUACAAAUGAAUACAUAAUCUCCACAGUAACAAUGUUGAAUGGAUGGCUUGUAUUACAUUUGGCCUAUGUAUAGUUACUUUAAUAUGUGCCAGCCAAAAGAGGAUGGCCUGCCCCUGCUGAGUCUGGUUCCUCUCAAGGUUUCUUCCUUUGCCACUACGCUGAUUAUGCUCCAGCCCUUGGUCCAUGAUGUUCCACACUGCUAUCUAUGGGAGUUUUUCCUUGCCACUGUCGCCUUUUUGGCUUGCUCACUGGGGUAUUAAGGCACAACAUGUUAAA